CCAAGUCUUUUUUCAUUAGACCCAAAAGAAAAAAUUCUGGUUUCAUAUUUAUUUUUACUUUAAGGAUUUCCUGUAUCAAAAUGUGAAUCCUUCUCCGGUAUUUCUUUGCUUCAUCAAAGUCCCUUCUUUACCUUUAUAUUUCCAGCAUUCAUUUGAAAUACCUUUAUACAUUCUAGACCAGGGGUUGCCAACCUUUGUGGGUUGGCUGCCCAGUGGGAAAAGGAGGGGCAGGCACAUUUAUGAGCGUAUGCGCACAUGCAAAUGUGGCUACAUGAUGUGCCCAAGAACAGGGCCUUGAGCAUGCAUGCUCCGCAAAUGGGGCUGCUAGCACCUGCAUGUGGCUCGGCUAGCACCGGCGAGAGACUCAGCAAUGGUGAGACACACUCAGCUAGCGCCGGUGCGAAGCUCAGUCAGCUAGCACUGGUGCAAGGGAGAGUGAGUGCGCACACAUGUGCUUAUACACUGGCCAGUCACGCAGCCCGGUGGCCAAGAGGCCCCGGCCCAGUAGUGGGCAGCAGCCCAUAAGUUGAGGACCCCUGUUCUAGACAGCUUGUCUGGUGUUAAAUACCAGCAAUACUGUAUAUCAUCUUAUAGAAAUUUUCUUUUAAAUUGCAGUUCAAUGUAAAGUUUAAACUUUUCAUCCACAUAUUCUCCUAUUGUUCCAGCAUCACAUUAUAACCAAAGUUCCUUGGCCAUUGUAUUAUAUGAUGUUUUACAUGCUCACUUUCCAAAUCUAAUAGCAUUUCCUACACCUUAGCAAUAAUAUGAAUGCUCUACUUUCUGUCGAUAGCGCUCAGUCUGAUCAUUAAACCAAGCUGCUUCUUAAUAUUUGACAUGCUUGUUUUUUUAAUAGGGAGCACAGGGAAGAGAGCCGGAAUAGGUCCAUUAUUAAAACUGGGGAGAGAAACUACUUUCACGACUUUCAGCGACCACUCAUUUUCAGACAGAAAUGUUAACAGUCCGGCGGGAAGCUCGGUUAAUUUUGUUUGAGAAGAAAAAGCGCGGCAGCUAGGACCCAGGGGAAGUCUGCUAGCAAGUACAGUAGUGUACAUGGGCGGCGUUUAGGCCCGGAGAAGCAAGCACAGCCUGCCGCGGCUUCUGCUACGCUGCGGAGACGCGUUUGCUCCGGACGGCACUCGUGCAAGCAAGCGGACGUUACCCGUUUCUCACCCAGCAGGAUGGUGAUGUUACACAGCUAUUGUGAGGGAAAUGAGUCCCUGGCACAAGCAUGGACUCAAGAGGGAUUGUCCCCUUGCUUCUACUUCACACUGGUCCCUGCAGUGCUACUCAGUGUCUGUCUUCUAUUGGGUGCUCUACAGUAUACCUGUUAUGCUCAGUUCAGCCGCACCAUGGAACCAAAGUACAUCCCUCGGUCCCGCCUGUACUAUACCCAAAUUCUGGUCUCUCUACUCCUCACCCUGAUGCCCUUCUGCACUUUCCUGUGGCAAGUGGUGGGCACCCAAGAACUUUAUGGAUAUAUGGUGCUGAAUGUCUGCUUGUCUACCAUUAGCUGGGCCACCUCAAUUGGGCUGCUGCACCUGGAACGCACCAGGGUGAUGGUGCAGGAUCGGAUCAGAGGCCAUGGAGCAAUCCUUCUACUCUACUGGGCUCUAGCUUUUUCUUCUGAGAAUUUGGCCUUCAUCUCAUGGAACAGUCCACUCUGGUGGUGGGAAUUAAAAAGCACUAACCAAAAGGUCCAAUUCAGCCUGUGGUUCCUGCGUUAUAUCAGCACCUUCAUCCUCUUCAUUUUGGGGAUCAAGGCCCCAGGACUGCCUCGAAAACCUUACAUGCUUUUAAUUAAUGAAGAUGAGCGUGAUGUGGAAACCAGUCAGCCCCUGCUUCCAGAUGCCAGGCAGAACACCUCCACAUGGAAGGAUAUGGGCCAGAAGAUACUCCUCCUUAUACAGUACAUGUGGCCAAAGAAGAACUACCCGCUACAGGGCAUGGUGAUAUUCUGUCUAAUGCUUAUGGGGAUGGAGCGUGCCAUCAAUGUCUUUGUGCCCAUCUACUACAAGCAUAUCGUGGAUGCCCUCACAGAGAGAGUGACUUGGCACAUAGUGCUUCAGACGAUUUGCAUCUACGCAUUCCUCAAGUUCCUUCAGGGAGGAGGAGCUGGAACAACUGGCUUCAUUAGCAAUGUGCGCACUUUUCUGUGGAUCCGCGUGCAACAGUUCACCAGCCGCGAAGUCCAGGUAGAGCUCCUCCGGCAUCUCCAUAACCUGUCUCUUCGCUGGCACCUGGAGCGCAAGACAGGGGAGGUGUUACGCAGUGUUGACCGAGGCACUAGCAGCAUCAACAACUUACUCAGUUACAUCAUAUUCAGCAUCUUCCCCACCGUGGCUGAUAUUGUAAUUGCUAUUGUGUAUUUCGCCAUAACCUUCAGCGGCUGGUUCGGCCUCAUCAUCUUCCUCUGCAUGAGCCUUUACCUCACACUGACUAUAAUACUGACUGAGUGGCGAACAAAGUACCGCCGUGAUAUGAAUCUUCGUGACAAUGAUGCCAAGUCUCGAGCUGUUGACUCACUUCUCAACUUUGAAACGGUGAAGUAUUACAGUGCAGAGGACUAUGAGGCUAGGCGCUUCAAUGAUGCCAUUAUGAAGUAUCAGGUUGCAGAAUGGAAAGUGAAUGCAUCUCUGGGCCUGCUAAAUCAGACACAGAAUCUGGUGAUUGGUGUGGGGCUGCUGGCUGGAUCCCUCCUGUGUGCUUCUUAUGUGACUAAGAAAAAGCUCAAUGUAGGCGAUUAUGUUCUCUUUGGCACAUACAUUAUUCAGCUGUAUACUCCACUGAAUUGGUUUGGCACAUAUUACAGAAUGAUCCAGUCCUCAUUUAUUGACAUGGAGAAUAUGUUUGAGCUCUUCAGUGAGGAACAGGAGGUGAAGGACAAACCGGGGGCUGGAGAUCUUCGAUUUCUUGCAGGACGUGUGGAAUUUGAAAAUGUCCAUUUUGGCUACACAGAAGGAAAGGAAAUUUUACACGAUGUUUCCUUUACCGCAAUGCCUGGACAAACUGUAGCACUGGUGGGACCCUCGGGAUCAGGAAAAAGUACCAUUGUCCGCCUGCUAUUCCGCUUUUAUGAUGUGUGGGGAGGCUGCAUACGAAUAGAUGGACAGGAUAUCUCUAAGGCAAAGCAGGUCUCCGUGCGUUCCCAUAUUGGUGUAGUGCCUCAGGACACUGUCCUUUUCAAUGAUACCAUUUGCAACAACAUCCGAUAUGGUCGUAUUGAUGCUACCGAUGAAGAGGUUAUGGAGGCUGCCAUGACUGCUAAUAUCCAUGAUCGUAUCCUCACAUUCCCUGAUGGUUAUGAUACGCAGGUUGGUGAGCGAGGUCUGAAGCUGAGUGGUGGGGAAAAACAGCGAGUUGCUAUUGCCCGCACUAUCUUGAAGAACCCUGACAUCAUCUUAUUUGAUGAGGCAACAUCAGCACUGGACACUAAAACGGAGAGAACAAUCCAGUCAUCGCUAGCUAAAGUAUGUGCCAAUCGCACCACCAUUAUUGUGGCUCACAGGUUAUCAACCAUAGUUAAGGCUGAUCAAAUUCUUGUUAUCCGAGAUGGCCAUGUGGUAGAGCGUGGAAGGCAUGAGCAACUGCUCAAGAAAGGGGGCCUCUACUCUAACAUGUGGGCCCAACAAGGAAGUGAGAUACCUAGUGGCUCAGACAUGGACAGCAAGGUCAGCCUAUCGAAAGCUGGCCCUGAGGAAUUAGGCAGCGUGGAGGGUGAGCCUGAGGCUAAACCUGAACCCGAAACUCAAGAGGAACCCGAAACUCAGGAGGAACCCGAAACUCAGGAGGAACCUGAAACUCAAGAUGAACCUGAACCUCAGGGUGAACCUGAAGAGGAGGAGGAGGAAUCAUAGCCCAGCAACUUAAAAGAACCACUGAAGGUCUCCUGCGCGAUGGAGCCUGAAGCUAAAGAGGGGGCUGCUACCUUACCCUGGACAUUUGUGAUGGCUUCUCACACAAUGGGAAAGCCCUGGCCUCUAGAACAUUUAGCAGAUCCACCAAGGUGGUCAUGGAAAUCAAAUUUAGAGGAAGCAUAGACUCUAUUACUCUUAGCCUGCUCAUAGCAAUGGGACAACAAAGAGUUGUCCUACAAGCUGCUGCCAGGUGCAAAAUAUGUUGCUUGGUGGUCCAGACUUGUUGUCAGUGAAGGGGAGAGGCGGGGACCAGGGCCAUUUUGCCCUACCACCGUCAUCACUGGCAAAUGUCUUCCUUCGCAAGAUGAGCUGGGUAGGUGGGGAGAGGAAAACACUUACAGCGGUAGGUAUUGCCAGCGUUGUGUAUGGAACCAGAGGAAGCCUCAGGGAAAAGAGGCGCAUUUUCGUAAGUUCUGAUUUUGAAAUGUCUGUUUGAUUUUCAUAAACUCUUUUCGGAUCAA